CCUAAAUUUGAGGUUAUCUUUUAUCCUGCCUGCAACCAUGAUGAUACUGAGCAGAAAACCCGAGGGUCCCAUCACAGCAGCCCGACAUGGUGAUGGUCUUUAUGACUCCUAUAUGCGCACUGACCACAUUGUGAACGAAGACUCGGACAUGAACGGACACAGCCCUGCUGGUCUGCCUCCACUUCCCAAACACACAGUAAGUGGUGCCAACAAGCCCGUGAUGAAAGACCAUCAGGGUGUACGAGGAGGACAGAUGAAAGCAAAGUAUUUAUAUGAGGAAGCCUACGCUCGCAAACUCAAUGGUGUGACCCAACACAAGGGCAACGGUCAAGCUCCUAGUCAAACCCCUCCCAAACCCCAACCUGCUCUUUCCAAAGAGAAAAGUGUGGACAGCAAUGGUUCCUCCAAGUCUUCUGAUAGUGCAGUGAAGACUACCAAGCUGAGUAGCCCUCUUACUCCAGAUCAGGCUCUCAAACACCACCGGCAGCAACUGACUGCCCUUGAACAACAGGAGAUCCUUAACUACUCAGAGAUCUACUUCCUUGGACCAAAUGCCAAGAAGAGGCAAGCUGUGGCUGGGGGCUCCAACAAUGGAGGAUAUGAUGAUGAUCAGGGAGGCUAUAUCCAUGCGCCACAUGACCAUGUUGCUUACCGCUACGAGUUCCUAAAGGUCAUUGGCAAGGGUAGCUUUGGACAAGUGGCCAAAGUAUAUGACCACAAGUUGCACCAGCACCUGGCUCUGAAGAUGGUGCGCAACGAGAAACGCUUUCAUCGGCAAGCAGCCGAGGAGAUUCGUAUACUGGAGCACCUAAAAAAGCAGGACAAGACAGGCAGCAUGAAUGUGGUUCACAUGCUGGAGAACUUCACCUUCCGAAACCACAUCUGCAUGACCUUUGAGCUGCUCAGUAUGAACCUUUACGAGCUCAUUAAGCGUAACAAGUUCCAGGGCUUCAGUCUGCCACUGGUUCGCAAGUUUGCGCACUCCAUCCUACAGUGUCUAGAGUCCCUGUACCGCCACAAGAUCAUUCACUGUGACCUGAAACCAGAGAACAUUUUGCUUAAACAGCAAGGCCGGAGCGGCAUCAAGGUCAUAGACUUUGGCUCCAGCUGCUUUGAUCAUCAGCGUGUCUACACCUAUAUCCAGUCGCGCUUCUACAGGGCUCCUGAGGUCAUUCUUGGCUCACGUUAUGGCAUGCCCAUAGACAUGUGGAGCUUUGGCUGCAUUCUUGCCGAGCUCCUGACGGGAUACCCACUCUUUCCAGGAGAGGAUGAAGGAGACCAGUUGGCCUGCAUGAUGGAGAUCUUAGGUAUGCCUCCACAGAAACUGCUGGAGCAGGCCAAGCGAGCCAAGAACUUCAUUAGCUCCAAGGGCCACCCCCGUUACUGCACAGUCAGUACUCUAAGCAACGGUGUUGUUGUGCUCAACGGAAGCCGCUCUCGUCGGGGCAAAAUGCGAGGACCUCCAGGCAGUAAGGAGUGGGUGACGGCCCUCAAGGGCUGUGAUGACCCCACGUUCAUUGACUUCCUGAAGAAGUGUCUGGACUGGGAUCCCAGCACUCGCAUGACCCCUGUCCAAGCCUUACGACACCCUUGGCUUUACAAACGACUCCCAAAGUCUGUUCCUGGGGGUGAGAAGACAGCGGUACCCAAGCGGAUUACAGAGCACAGCACCUCCUUUCCUAGCAUCAUCUCUAAGGUGCCCCCAGUCAUGGGCCCAGCCAACAACAAACUGAGGACCAACAUGAUGGGGGACUCCGGCGGGAGUAUACCGUUACGCACAGUGCUGCCGAAACUCGUUUCAUAG